AUGGAGGUCAAUAAAACUAAAACUACUCCAGGAGGGUACCACCUCGCUUCGAGUGUGGAGAAUCCCUCACGGGACUGUCCCGACGGGACAGUACCGUCAGCCCCAUCGUAUUCUGGAGGGGGCACUGGCCGCCACAUGGGUGAUGCAUCAGGCCCUAAUGCUACUGAGCAACUGACCACUGGCAAACGACUAACGGAGACCGAUAAGCUUAGCGAAACGGAACGUGGGGUGGAGGCGCGCACCCAAACGGGGCGCGUUGAAACCAGAAGGAGGAAGACUGGACCCAGUGGGCUGUCCACGGCAACGUCCGUAGAUAGUCUCAUGACGGUCCAGUCAUAUGAGGAGGAUAGACUGUGGGCCAAGCGAAAGCGGUCCUCUGGAGCGAGCUGCUCAGGCUCCUCCACGGAAGAAGGCCGAACGCGGCAGGCCAAGAAAGCCUCGAAAAGGGGCAAAGGGCGAGGGGCUGCAGCAGCGGGGUUCUGUGCAGGUACAGCCUCUGCAAGAAAGACCUUAGCGGACAUGACAGCCGCUAGGAAGGCCUUGUCGCGCGUACGGAGGGAAUCGGAGCUCGAGGCUAGCGAGGAAACGCAGGUCACCCGAGCCUCUCGAGCCGGUACCUCCCGCGCUGGAGAAACUGGGGACGGACGUCUUGCCGACGAUUCUACCGCGGCCCUCCAACGCCGUAUAGAGGAGAGCCUGGAUGCCAUCGAGCAGGUGCGUGCAAAAUCGACAAACCUAAGGGUGGCAUUCAAACGUUCCCUCAAGGAAGCCUCGGACACCAUUCAAGAAGCGGCGGUGCUUCUUGCACAACGUACUGCAUCAGAGGAGACGCGGCAGCUGCAAGCUGCGAACACCCAGUUACAGGCGGAAAUCGCGGGCCUCCGAAAAGAGAUGGGAGAGCUUAGGGCUAUCAUAGGGACCGCACAGCCCAUGCAAACGCGAGUGGACUCUGAUCUGACCGCGGAGAUUUUGCGGCAGGUUGGGGGAAUGGUGGACGCCCGGUUAGAAGCGUUGGAGUUGCCUCCAAAAAGGUGUGUGAGGCCCCCAUUGGCGGGGGAUGGCAGGGUUGAGGGAAUGGCGGUUGGGCAAGCCCCAACCGAGGACUUUCCUCCUCUUCCGCCGCCAAAGCCCCCUAAUGGGGCACCAGCGAAAGGUGCUGCUCCAGCAAUGGCGAGAAAACCGGAACAGCCUGCUGCGCAGCCUGCAAAACCGGGUCCAGCUGCAAAAGCCAAGGGAAAGGGCAAGGGGAAGGCUGCACGGCAGCCGGAAAAGACCAAGCCAGCUGACAAGGCUGUGCCCACCACUUCUUCUGCUCCCCAGUUGCAGCAACGGCUGGAGCAGGAAUGGACGGUCGUCGGAAAGAAGGGCAAGGCGAAAAAGAAAAAAGGGGCCGGCGCGAGUGCGCUCGAGGGCGCAGAGCCAGGCGCAGUGGAGCGAGGCGUCACCUAUGCCUCUAUAAUGGCUGGAUCACGCCAAAAGAUCGAUCUGGCGGAAAUCGGUGUAGGUGCGCUGCGGUUCAAGCGUGCCGCGACUGGGGCAAGGAUCUUAGAAGUCCCUGGUGCCGCAAGCUCGAAGGAGGCAGAUGCUCUCGCUGCAAAGCUGCGGGAGAUUUGGGACGAAGGCACCGUCAAGGUUUCCAGGCCGGUGAAAUGCGCUGAAGUGCACAUCAUCGGCUUGGACGACUCGGCGGCUGUUGAAGAUGUCGUGGCUGCGAUUUCUCGGGCAGGAGAAUGCCCUACAGAACACGUUAAGUGUAGUGGACUGCGCGUGGGCUCUCGCGGCUCGACUUCAGCCUGGGUGAGCUGCCCGAUAGCCGCGGCAAAGAAGGUGGCACAGGUAGGCCGUAUCCAAGUAGGGUGGAUCUCUGCAAGUGUCACGCUUGGCAAGGUGAAGCCACAGCGUUGCUUCCGCUGCCUAGAGGUGGGGCACGUAAGAGCCGAGUGCAAUUCGCUCGUAGAUAGGAGCAACGUCUGUUUCCGAUGUGGAGAAACAGGCCACAAGGCCGGGGAAUGUUCUGCCUCCGCCGCUCGCUGCGUUCUAUGCUCCGAGGCCAAGCUACCGGCAGGCCAUCGGCUCGGGGGCCCAGCUUGCAAGGCUCCCAAGCGGAAAAGAGGAAAUCGGGGACGCGAUGGUCCAGGUACCGCACCGUGUCCUUGUCCCGCGCCCGUCGAGGCGAAUGUGACGGUUAGCGAAAUGGAAACGCAGUAA